GCACGAUGCCGCCGUGGUCAAUAGCAAAUUUUCCUUAACUUUUGUUGCGGUCGAAGCAGCCGGAUCAUGAUGUCAAAUAUUCCCGGCAUCUGCCCGAAUCCAUACGGACAUAGCAGCCUCGUGGGUCAUUAACACCAUCCUCCACCUUGAAUGCUUAGAAAUGCUCGAAUACCCGUCCUGAACUUGACAUUUUACGUUGAUUCUCUGCUUUUACAUUUCUGACUCCUGCAGCAAUCAACAUGGCACCAACAAACCAAGCAGCUUGGCUCCCGAAACCCAGGGAGAAGUUGGAGAUUAGGACGGCAGAAAUUGGCAAGCCGGGUCGAGGCCAGGUUCUGGUAAAGAACAAAGCGGUCGCAAUCAAUCCUGUUGACUGGAAGAUACAAGAUGGAUAUUUGCCCGCCGAGAAGCCAAGGAUCCUGGGGCAAGAUAUCGCAGGAGAGAUCGUCGAGGUCGGAGAAGAUGUCACCGAAUUCUCCAAAGGCCAGCGUGUGCUUGCCCAUGUCGUUGGUCUGGCGACAGGCAAGCCUGAAGAAAGCGGAUUUCAGAAUUACAGUCUUGCACCAACGAUCGGCACAUGCCCUAUCCCAGAUGGCAUGAGCUUUGAAGAAGCGUCCGUCCUACCACUCGCUCUUUCUACAGCUGCAGUAGGGCUGUUCUCAAAGGAUCACCUUGCAUUGCCGAAGCCGAGUCAUGAUGUCAAAGAGUCCGGGAAGACGUUGUUAGUCUGGGGUGCAGCGUCGUCCGUGGGGAGUGCGGUUGUGCAAUUGGCAGUCGCUGCUGGGCUGAAGGUUGUUGCGACUGCCUCAAAGAAGAACUUUGAUUUCUGCAAAGAUCUAGGAGCAAGUCAAGUAUUCGACUACAACAGUCCGGGGGUCGUGGGUGACUUGACAGCCGAGCUACAGAAACAUGAUCUUGCCGGUGCAUAUGAUGCUAUUUCCACGAGAGAUACACAAUUGAACACCGCCCAGGUGCUGGCUCAGCUAGGUGGAGGUAAACUGGCACUCACACUCCCUCCAACCGACGAGAUUCCUUCGACAGUAACAGCGAAGAGUGUGUUUGCCAUUGUUCUUCUUAUGCAGGACAAGGCACUGGGAAAUACCAUAUACCGUGAGUUCCUGCCAGCUGCCCUCAAGAGUGGCCAGAUCAGACCUCUGCCGAAGCCCGAAGUGGUUGGCAACGGUGUGGAAAGUAUUCAAGCUGCACUGGACAAGCAGCGUGCAGGAGUGUCUGCUGUGAAGAUAGUGGUCACUCUGUAGAGGCCGCAAUGGGAGUCCUCUCUGGGCCUGGCAAUCGAAAUGCCAUAGGUAGCUUCAAUGACAUUGCAAAAGUGAAUAUCGC